UUCAAUGGAGACUAAAGACGUACAGUCGGAUAACACCCUUAAUCAGGUUUUAUUUCAACUUCAAGAACUCAAAGGCCAAAUAAGCGAUAUCCACAGUGAAAUUAGACUACAUGCAAUAUCUGCACUAAGGAUCCCGCGACAUCACGAUGAAAGGACCACGGUUUCCUCUGGUACAUGUAGCAGUGAAGGGUCAUACAGGUCUAUUCUAUCAGAUCUUCUACCAUCACUUUACAUUGAUGUUCAUAAAGAAGUAUUAAAAGAGGAGCAUAGAAAACUAAUGGACAUUGAUUUACGUACCACAAAUAUUUUGGACUAUUUGGUUGAAAAUAAAGUUUUACAAUCCUCUGAAGCUGAGGUGAUACGAAACACGAAAUCCAGCUCGGGGGAGGAUGACCGAAGCAGCCAAUCCCGUGCUCUUUUGUUUAAGUUGCAGAAUCGUGAUGAACAUUGCUUCAAACAUUUUAUUGAUUCUCUUGAAGAAGCAUAUCCACUUCUUGCAAAACGUGUGCGUGAUGCUUACAAUGUUAGGUUACACGAAGGUUGUAUUGACGAUGACGAUUCCAAUAUGAAAUGUGUUGUGUGCAGAAUAAAAAAUAAUGUGAAAGUGUACGAAAUCAUAGACACGUUCUACCAGGAAAAGUUAAUUGACGCAACAGUGGCUGAAUGUAUUCUGAACUGUGAAAAUUCUACGAAACAAUGGACAAAUUUAUGUGAAGUGUUGAAGGCCAACCCGUCAUUAUAUGACUGUAUGGUGGAAGCACUAAGAGAAGGUCAUCUUAACCUUUCAGAAGAAUUAGAAAAGGUUUAUUGGAGGUCUUUUACAUGUUACUGUAGACAUUUGAAAGCUAAAUAUAGACAAAAACAAAAAGAUUACAACCAGUGUGAUGGAGAGCGAAACUGUGAUCCGUCACAAGAAUCAACUUCUUCAGGAAAACUAGGGAAGUGUUGUGGGACAUUAAAGCAGAGUCAAGGUUCAGAUUAUGUCACUGUUGUUGAGGUAAACAACAACGAUUGCGUAAAAGAUAGGAGUGGAGCAAAGGCUGGGAAACCCCUUAGAGACGCCAAUAGGCAGGAGAAAAGAAGGAAGGCUUUCAUGGAAAACUCCAAGAAAGAGUAUGACAAUGUAACAUUGAAUAAAUAGUUUCACACAAUAUAUUCCCAAAAUGACAGUUUAUUUCUAUGCUAUGACAAACGGUGCCCUGGAUCCAAAUUCCCUUUCAAUAGAAAGAAUGAACGUUUUUGUCCCCCUUCCUUUAUUUAUGUACUAAAUCUAGUAAUAUAAUUGUUAUAGUGGGCGAGAAUUUUUUAAAAAAUUCCUUGGUUACCUAAUUCACGGGUAUUUUGAAAUCAAUGUCAAAUAAAAUCAAUAAAUGGUUAUCUUU